AUGUUCCGCGCGCCUAACAGCGACCAUAUUUUAUUUCGCUCGAGCAUUCCUUUGUCUUCCUUAGAUUUCACGUUUUCUCCUUCGUUAUCACCCGCAGGUGAUGUGACAAAGGACCCCUCUAACGGGUAUAACGAUUGGGCUGCGGCUGCUAUGCAGGCGUAUUACAAGUCCGGAGGGCAAGCGGCGCAUGCAGGAGGUUACUACGGCGCGCCAAUGGGAGGGCAUCCCCAUCCGUACAUGUGGGGACCACAGCCAAUGAUGGCGGCGCACUACGGUGGUGUACCACCAGGUCCCUACGGCUAUGCGGCCAUGUAUGCUGCACCUCACCCGGGCAUGGCCCAAGGCGCUGCAGGGGCAGUGGCCCCAUCCCCUUACGGCUACCCGCCUCCCCAGGCGGCGGACGGUUCUGAGGUGCCAGCAGCAGCAGCGAUGAUGGGGAUGACCCCCAUGGGUCCCAUGGCCAUGCCAGCAGCACAGGCCUACCCCGGCAUGCCAAUGGACUAUUCCCACGAUGCCAUGGCUGCUGCUGCCGCCGCCGCCGCUGCCGCCAGUGCGCGGCAGACCGCCGUGCAAAUGGAAAACAUGGGGCUCACUGCGGAGCUAGCGAAGCUGCGAGAGCAGUACGCCUCCCUGUGUGCUCAGAACGCCCAGCUCCGAACCAUGCUUCAAGAGUCAGGCGUAGACCCAUCCACAGAAGGAGCAGCCUUCCCACCAGCAUCUUACAACCCAAUGCACAAGUAUCAGCUCACCUCCGUACCGCCCAGUACCGCUCAUGCACCACCACCACCGCACGAACCGUCAACCGCCCCUCCCUCUGCUCUUCCUCCCCCUUCUUCAUCCACGCUUGAACCCCUGCAACCCACGCCUCCUUCUGUCCUCCCUGCCCCUCCCUCUGCGCCUCAAUCUGCCUCGGUUCCUGCUCCUUACUUGUCUGGGAAACCCGAGCCUGCACCCCUACCUGCUCCAGUGCUCCUUCAAGAUGCGGUUUCUGAGCCUGCGCCCGAGCCUGCGCCCGAGCCUGUACCAGAUCCUGCACUAGAGCCUACGCCUGAGCUUGUGCUUCAAGUUCAGGUUCCCGAGCCUGAAUUUGUAGAGGCAGAGGCAAUGGUUGGGGUGGUGGAGGUGCAACAAGGGGUGGCACAGGGAGGGGAUGAGAUGAACGUAGAGGUGAUGCAACAGGCGCAGCAGGAGGAGCAUGGAGCGCCGUUUGAUCAGGGGAGAGAGGAGGAAGCUGGAGCACGGGAGGAGCAAAAGAAGGAGCAGGCGAAGGAGGAGGAGGCGAAGGAGCAGCAGCAGCAGCAGCAGCAGCAGCAGCAGCAGCAGCAGCAGCAGCAGCAGCAGCAGCAGCAGCAGCAGCAGGAACAGCCAGAAAUGGGGCAGCAGCCCGAGCAGCAUGAGCAGCAGCUUGAGCAACAGAAGGACGAAGAGGUGGUUGGUGCUGGAGCGAAGGGGAUAAGAAGGGUGGAUGGGGGGAAGGAUGGAGCAGCAGAGGAGGGUGGAAGGCAUGAGGGUGCCCCGUUGGUGGGCGGGAAGGAGCAGCAGCAGCAUGUGGGCGACAGCAACGGGAGCGGGCAAGGGGUGGCUGAGACAGCAGAGACUGCGCAGGGGCAGGAGGGUGGAGGGAUGGCGGAGGCGCAGCAAGAGAAACCUGAAAGUGAGCAGCACCCCUCGAGUGAUGCGGAUCCUGGGGUCUCUGAGCCGCCUCAUGCAGUGGCAGAAGGGACAGAAGGGACAGAAGAGCAAGGAGAGGCUCUGAAGGCUGCAGCGGGUGAUGCUGUUGGUGCGGGAGUAGGUACAGAUCCUCCCCGAGAAGCAGCAGCUGCAGCAGCGGCGGCAGCAGAGGGGGAGGAAACAGAGAUGGUAGAUGCUAGUGCAGCUGAAGACUCAGCAGGUGAAAAGGAGAAGCAAGGGGAGGGCGAGACUGAUUUAAAUGGUAGAGACCGAGAAGGCUCCAAGGUUGGUGAGGGAAGCACGGAGGUUGGUGAAGGUGCAGCAGGCAUGGAGCAAGAGGGAAUCAAGGAUGGUUCAGUUGCAGGUACAGCUGUGACGGCACCAACGAGUAUUGGUGAAGCCAUAGCAGGUGAUGUACCUGCUGAGGCCUGUAAAAGUGCUGAGGCUGCGCCAGUGGCUGAUGAGCAUGCAGCACCAGUGGUGGGUGCUGCAGGGGUGGGUGGCACAGGGGAGGGCGCUACAGGGGAGGGUGCUACUGGAGAGGGUGCUACUGGAGAGGGUGCCACUAAGGAGGGUGUUGCUGUGGAGAGUGCUGCAGGGGAGGGUGCUGUAGAAGCAACAGAGGGCAAAGAGGUGGCAGGGCCAGAGGCCUCAGGGGGGAGUAAGGGUGAAGCUGAGGAGACCUCUGCUGCCGCCUGCCCUUGCCGGCACCGCCUCUUAAACCGAGUGCUAGCGCUUCCUGUCAACAUGGACUCCCCCAUGAAGCUGGCGAUUGUGGAGAAGGUGGUGGGUCGCACGGGGUCCCGCGGUCAAGUCACGCAAGUGCGCGUGAAGUUCAUCGAUGAGGAUCGCUACAUCAUGAGGAACGUCAAGGGCCCCGUGCGCGUAGGAGACGUCCUCACCCUCAUGGAAUCCGAGCGUGAGGCUCGGCGGCUGCGUUAA